AUGUCCGGGACCUACGAGCUUAACAAACCUUACCGCGAUCCCCAGACCCGCGAAGUCUACUCUAUCCAAGAGUCUGGUGGCUCUCUUUGGAAGGUAUACGAGAGUGGUAAGCCCAGUAGCAGGCUCCCAGCUACUGCGCAGGCAUAUUUUAGGCCUGCUCAGGGCGCCGCCCAGCCGGACACAAGGUCCCAGCCAAGGCCUGUGCCUGUGAACACGCCGAGUAGGAGCAGUGAUGUGGUGUAUUCUUCUUCGCUGCCAUCUGAUCAGCAAAGACCAGCCGCGCCAGCUAGACCCGCAGAUGGCCGCCCAGCCCAGGCUUCGCGCGGCGCGGCAUCUACAUCGCGUGGGGUUUACGCAUCAAGUCCCGGUACUGUAGAAGGCAUCACCUCCUUCAUGAAUCGACUGGAUGUGACAGCUCCCGGGACGCAAACGAGUGCUCCUACUGCUGCCGUACCUAGCAUUACUCGAGCACGCGAUCUUGGCAAUGGGGUCACCGCGCUCACCGCAGCGGAUACAACCGCUGGAGUACACACCAAUUGGAGGUUCGGACCCACGCAGACAUUUGGGGACCAUUCAUAUAGAGCGAAAACUAUCAUGGGCAGCGACAACGAAGCGUCAGACGUUUCCGAUCAAGAGUCCGAUGAAUCUGAUGACAGUCGCAGACAAGGCAAAAAGCCGAUCCGAUCGAGAAGAACCUUCAGGCGGUUCUCGCUUGGUGAUGUCAUCGAGACACGACUAGUCCCUGCCCCUCCAGACAGUGUCUCAACAAUUUCUAUGCUGACCCUUCGUCCGGAAACCACUUUUCCGGGAGGUCUCCAUGCUGGCGUCAGGAGAUUUGUUGUGAUGGAUCCGAAUAUUCACAACGGUCGCAUGUGCAGUGCAUUGCCAAUCAAGACCUACAAUGGCAUGGGUGUCAGUGCUCCAAACGUUUACAAGUCGCAUCACGCCGUGAUCUAUACCGAACCUUUAAGGCCGCCUGCACCGGAUUGUUCGCCGGCUGAAAGACCACGACAGGGCAGCCGAGAAGCGCCAAUGCAAAGACAGCCAAUACUUGUUGUCAACCGGGAUAGAACCCGCCCACUAGACCCCAUGUCUCGCCUCGACUUUUUCGACAUUACUCACUUUGAUACGAGUCUUAGGGGUCUGGCCAUAUAUGGUCACGUACAUCCUGAACACCUUGCGAGGUUAGCAAGCCAGCGAGCCAAUGUAUGGAACUCUUUUGCCAUGCAGACCGGCGGAACACCACCAGUUGCCCCUCAGCAGAACCGGUCGACGAGACGCGAUCAGCGUACCCGUACGUCGAGCAUGUCGGCCCAAGCGACUGAUAGCCGGACUGCUGGAACUGGACCCAUACGCCCAGCGAAUCCAGCUGCUGUAGUCGCUGGGCCUUCAACUUUACGGCCAUCCACCACGACCGCCCCUCCUCGACUUUCAUCUGACGGGAGUCGUCUGACCCAGUCCCGUAGCGAAUUCGAGAGUUUGCGAGCUCUUGUCAUGAGCAAUGCUACAAUCUCUGCCGAAGCCAUCCAGGACUACUUAAGAUAUUUGGAUCAAUUAGCACAGCACACAAGCAGAUCUCGUCCUCCAGUGCUGACCAUGGCACAAGCGGCAGGUCUCGCCCGCGACGCACCUGAGCGAGUUUCUUGGUUCAUCAGGGUACAUGGUGUCCUCGGCAUCUAG